AUGCUCCUCCCACGAUUACAGCCGCCUUUACGAGCAGCGCUCGCCUCAAUUGCACGCUCUUCUCCCUCGGGGACCUCCACAGCAUGUCUGAACGAAGCGUUUGCCGCGCUGGCACUGAAGCCAUUGGUGUUCGUCCGCCACGCAUCACACGCCCAGCAAGGAGCUGUUAACAAGGCGAAAGACGGGCCUGGGAAACGACUUGGUGCUAAGAAGUCUGGAGAGCAAUACGUGAUCCCAGGCAACAUCAUCUUCCGCCAACGAGGCACGCACUGGUUCCCCGGCGAGAACUGCGCCAUGGGCCGCGAUCACACUAUCUACGCCACCGAAUCGGGGUAUGUGAAGUACUACAAAGAUCCUGAGAAACACGGCAAACGACAGUACAUCGGGGUAGUGUUCAAACGAGAUCAGGUUUUACCGUUACCGCGGAAUUCUCAUCGGAGGAGGAGGUUGAAUAUGGUGGCUGUGAAGAUGGAGGUCCCGCCCACAGCCACGGAGCCGGUUGUGACGGAUCUGCUACUGGAAGGAAGUGGGGUUGGUGGGAGGAAAGAGGUUAAGGUGAGGAAGAAGAAGGGCGAGAGGAAAGGGGAGGAGGGCAGAAAUUUGAAGUUGAGACCGGGGUAUAUGUACAGAGAGGCGAAUUGGGAGAUUGGAAGGGCGGCGGAGAGGGCGGGGGUUAAUGUUAAGGCGUUUAAGCCGAGGGAUCGGUGGACCGCGUGGAAGAAGAGGGAGGUUAGGUUUGCGAAAAAUGCGGAGAAGAGGAGUUUGGGGAGGAAGAUUGGUGGGAAGUAA